CGAUUUUCCGCAGUCAGAGUGACCGCUUGUUGAUUUGCUUACUAAGAUAUCGAUAGGUAGCCACUGUAUAUAUAUAAGGCGCUUAAGAACAAAUUCAAAUUUAAAACUUUUUAAAAAUACCAGAUACCAGAAAAAAUGCAGAUGUGGAUAAAAAAAAUGGCCCAAGAAAUAAAAAGAGGCCUGGUUUGCGCUCCCCAAUAGAACCGAAACUAUCGACGGGCAGAAAACGCCGAUAGUGCCAUCGAUAGUUCUGGCUGCUCUAGUCGCGAAAACACAGACGCAAGAUAAAAGAAAAACAGACGAAGAGGGAAUACGGGAAAUACGCGGGAAGAGCAGUCAGAACGCCAGAAUUUUCACGCGCAACGCUUAACGAGAAUAAACAGCCUCACCAUUGAUCAAUUCCUGCAACUGCAAGAGCGGAUCCGUAACUUCGAGGGCAUGCUUGGCGGCGGCAGCGGGGAGCGUCUGUGCACGCCAAGCACUUCGGCCGGCCCAUUCCGCAUCUUUUCCGUGGCCGGAUUCCAGAACCGGGCCAAUGACAUCGUCUACUGCCCGCCGAUCGUGCGCCAGCACUCGGUGCACGUGCCGGAGGACUCCACGGCCAUAAUCUACUUUGGUGGGGACGUGCAGGACUUUCCGGAGAGCAUGGAGACGAACCGCGACAGCCGGGGCUACAUGAAGUACAACCUCGAAAACUCGGCCAUCCUCCUGCGCGAGGCCUUUCCCCGGUCACACAUCAUCGUCAUCCGGCCCGUGCGCAUGGAGUUCAAGACCUUUAGUUGCUUUGACAACUUUGUAAGGGGCAACAACGCUGGAGUUCCGGAUCAUACGCCCAUGAACCAUGCCCUCCAGCAUUUAGAAAAACUGCUUCAGAAUCUAUCGCAGCGCCUGAUCUCCAUACCAGAGAACGAAAUCCUGGAUCAGGCCGCCCAGGCAGCGGCAGCUGCGGCGGCAGUGGCUGCUGCUGCUGCGGCCGCAGCUCUCACGCUAUCCAACGCCACGGUCACCUCGGAGUCCAACUCACAGUCGGCACCGGCCAACGACAGCAGCCAGGAGAUGGACAUUGACAUACUGCAGGUGCAGGAGAAUAUCACAGUGGACGCGGAUGGGGCAGUAAUAUUUCCGAUAGUGGGCAAUGAGGUGCCAGAGACGGUAAACAAUGUGUCGGGAAAUAAUGGCAACAUCGGCGGUGGCGGCAACGAUGACAGUGUGAACAACCACCAAGAGCAAGUGAACAACCAGCAGCUCCAGCAGCAGACGCCGGCGGCCAUAAAAAUGACUUCUCCCACAACGGCGCUAAAUGCCACCAACAAUGUGGAGCACUACAACAACGAUUGUGGUACGAGGCAGGCGCCUGCCUCCACUGCAACAACAGCCUCGGCCAUGGGUACCUCGACAUCCACGGCAACCAGCGACAGCAAUCCGCUGUGGUGGCGGGAGAACCUCAAUCUGGACAAAUCCAAGCUGGUGCUGAUUGGCUUUAGCAAGGGCUGCGUCGUGCUCAAUCAAUUCAUCUACGAGUUCCACUAUCUUAAAACUCUUACGCCCGAUGACAGCAGCAUGUGCCGCCUUCUCUCCAGGAUUUCAGACAUGUACUGGCUGGAUGGCGGCCACGGAGGCCAAAAGAACACAUGGAUCACAUCCCGAAGUUUGCUGGAAACACUAACGCGGAUGGGCAUGAACAUCCAUGUCCACCUGACGCCCUAUCAGGUGCAGGAUGAUCGUCGACCCUGGAUUAGAAAGGAAGAGAAACUAUUCACGGAGAUGCUACGAAGGCUAAAUGCGCCGAUCACCCGGCACUUACACUACGAUAACCAGCCGGCGAAUCUGAUGACCCACUUCGAGGUGCUUCAGGCCUUUUGCCAGCACGUCCAUGCGCUUAACCAGCAGCAACAGCAAAUCCAGCAGCAGCAGGGAGUCGGAAUCAGUGAGCAGUCUUCGGCGGCGGUGGCCACCACCAACAAUGGUAGCAACAAUCUGUUGGAAGCCGAUGAGGAGGCAAAGUGACAGCUGCAACUGCAUCCGCAUCACCAUAGGCGUCGCUUGCAUGCGAUGCGCAAGGGAACCGCCGCUCUCAAGCGUCAGCAGGUGGCGCAGCUGCGCCAUCACCACCAGCAGCUGCUGGCUGCCGCUCCGGAGCUCGCCCUGGCCUCCUCUUCGCGCCUGGCUGCGGCCCUGAUCUCGUCGGCGGUGGCCCUGAGCGCCUCGUCCGCGAGCCUUGUAAAUAAUCAUCACCACAGCCAUAUGCAACAACAGCAACCGCAGCAGCCGCCACAGGCGCGCCAUCAUCACCAUCCGGCAACAUCUCACAGGCAUCACCACCACCACCACCACCACUCACAUCACCACUCGCACCACCAUCAUCAUCAGUGUCGCUCGAAACGCAAACUGCAGAAAUUGUAUUAUACGCUUUGCCGUUAGAUCUGUAGCCUAACUAUAUCUAUGUAUACUUGUACGAGAGAAAGUUUCUUAGAACCACCAGCAAAAUCAGCACUUAGCUUAAGUCGAGUCACACCUACCACGUCCUAUAUUAUAUGUCCAGUGUUUCGUCCCUUCUUUUUUGUAAAUGUAUUUAUUUAUUCCCAUUUUUUUGUAUGUUUUAUGUUUGGUCAUCUCAUUUUCGUAAUUCGCCCAAAACUGAAAGCAAAAUCUCAUCAGUGCAAUAAUAUACAUAAUCCGAAUAUAUAUGCAUAUAUAUAUAUAUAUGUGUAUUUAUAUAUAUGCUGAUUUUACAGACCUCUCUUAUUUUAGACAAACACUCCAUGCUAUUUAUUUGUAAUUGAAAAAGAUUUGUGAUUUGCGCACAUGAUAUAAAUUUCGUAGAGCAUCCACUGUAAUCGUAGCGUGUCUCAAGCAAUUUUCGUUUUAAGUACCCCAAUGAAUUUAUACAUCAUCCGCACAGUCGCAUAAAUCUAACCAGCCUAAAUCACAGACCCACAAGCCCUCUGAUUAAGUAUUACUUAGCGUACGUAAGCUUACUUUAAGUUGCAACUGGCAAGAAAACCACAACAAAAAAUGUACUUUACUUAGGUUGAUCCCCGGUUUCCAUCGCAAACUGGGGGCAAAGUAUCAAAUUUGUGAGACGAGAUUCGGCGGCGAUAGCAAUCUUCUCGUCCAGGCAUAGACGUAGUUUUUUCUGAUUGUGCUGGCCAAGUCAAAGAAGUACUCAAUGCGAAUAAAGCGAAUUUUGCCAAUUCAGAUCCGAGAAAUAAUUGUAAUGGCGCGCGUUCCUUAAACUAAAAUAUCGAUAUGGAGAUCAUUACCGCUUCCGCUUAUCCAACCAAGACAAGAAAGCCAGCAAACCGAGAGGAUCCAGUGAAACUUACUGUGCAUAAUAAGGGAAUAAUUACACACAAAAUUUCGUACCUUGUAGAAUUUGCAGUUCAAAAUUGCUUUAGAGUUUGUCGGUGUACAUUUUACGGAUUAAAAUGCACAAAACAUUUUUAGGCAAGAACCCUAUUAUCUAAAAUUACAGUCGGUCGUAUGUAGAUGUAAAUUGAACAUUAUAAAUGAAAACGCUGCGAAUUUGAAACCAAAAAGGUGCAGAGAAAGUCGAUCAAAAAACAAAAAAGAAUUCCCAAUGUAAAUUCUACUGAUUUUUGUGAGUCUGGUAAUAAAAUGAAUAAGCAUAUA